AUGGCGAAACACGAUUAUGGAACUGACGGUGCACUCGAUCGUGUUCUCGGCCUCAACCAGAAACAACCCAAGUGUGUCCCGGCAAUCUUUAUCCAUGCUGGAGCGGGCUUCCAUAGCCACCAAAACGAGCAUGUCCACCUCGAGGCCUGCGUUGCGGCCUGCGAGAUGGGCAUGAAGUUCCUCAAAGCCGGCGCCACUGCCACCGAAGCCGUCGAGGUCGCUCUUCGGAUCCUCGAGGAUAAAGAGAUUACCAAUGCAGGCUACGGGUCCAACCUGUCCAUUGACGGCACAGUCGAAUGUGAUGCGACCAUUGUUGACCAUCUAGGACGCAGUGGUGCUUGCGGAGCUGUUCCAAAUAUUCGGAAUCCCAUCUCGCUGGCAAAACUCAUCUUGGACACAAGCAACAAACCCCUGAGCCUCCGCCGGGUCCCUCCCAAUGCCCUCGUCGGCGAAGGAGCACGAAGCUUCGCCGAGGAGCACGGCAUGGCAACGUUUGCCAACGAGUAUCUCGUGUCCAGAAACUCCAGGGAUCGCUUUCUACGGUGGCAGGAGGACCUGAAGAGAGCCGAGAUGAAGUCCAGAGAGUCCAGGGCCGGCUCUGCUGGCCAGAUGAACAUGGGCUGCGCUCCAUGCCAGUAUGACACCAUGGCGGUACCGGACCCUCAUAGGAUCUUUCCGCGCGACCAUACUGCAGCCAUUAUGGCGGGCACUUGGAACGAGGGCCAGCCAGACUCUCCAUAUGUCGGCACGCCAGUGUCCGACGCAAUCAACGUUUCCGAUCCUCCGGUGUAUCCAACAACGUAUGCUCGCGCUCUCGCCUCUCCCCCGAAAUCUGUGUCCCGACCGUCUCCGCGGUCAAUCCCUGCAGUGCUCAUUAUCCGCGGUCUUAAGCGUCCGCUUAGCAUAUCGAACGAGAACAAAGAUUCGAAAACGCAGCCGGCAAAGCGCCGAUUCCAGUCUGAUAGCUCCAGAGAGGAUUUGGUCACGGACACUAUUGGUGCGAUUGCAAUCGACGAUAGGGGCCACAUUGCAGCGGGAUCCUCAUCUGGCGGUAUCGGCAUGAAGCAUCGAGGUCGCCUUGGACCAGCUGCCCUGGUCGGCAUCGGGACAGCCGUAGUACCCUGCGCCGAGGAUGACACCGACAGUCUCACCGUCGCGGCCGUGACAAGCGGAACGGGGGAACACAUGGCCACCACAAUGGCAUCCCAGAGGUGCGCCGAGCGUCUCUACCAUGGGACGCGCCGAGGCCCUUCUGGCAUCGACGUCCAGGACGACGACGAAGAUGCCAUUAUGGAAUCUUUCAUAGCUAAGGACUUUAUGGACCACCCGGGGGUCAAGAACUGCCAUUCCGCAGGCGCCAUUGGCAUCAUGGCCGUCAAGAAGAACCGCAACGGCUACUACCUCUACUUUGCCCACAACACAGACUCCUUUGCCCUGGCAUCCAUGGGCGGUCUGGAGAGAGAGCCGCGCUGUGUAAUGUCGAGGCUCCCGGACGGUGCUAAGAUUGCCAAAGGCGGGCGUAAGGUUCGACUGGAAUAA